UUUUUUUUUUUUUUGAGAUUCUGCAUGUGGUGGCAUGUGUCAGUUUUUUUUAUCCUUAUUAAUAGCUAAAUUAUAUUUCAUUGUAUGGACAUUUUAUUCCGCAUAUAUCAGUUGAUAGACGUUUGGGUUGUUUUGGAUAUUGUAACACCGCCAUAAACAUGUUUGUUUUCAAUUCUUGGAUAUAUCUGUGGGAAUGGAGUUAUCAGACUGGGUAAUCAUUCUAUGCUUGUUUUUUUUGAGGAGUUGCCAAACUGUUUGCUACUAUUUUAUAUUCCUACCAGCAAGGCACAGAGAUUUUAACUUCCCUACAUGCUUGUCAAUACUUGCUAUUUUCAUUUUUUAUCAUAACCAUCAUAAUGAAUAUGAACUGGCAGCUUACUCUGAUUUUGAUUGAAUUUCCCUAAUGAUUAAGGUACUGAGCACCUAAUAAUGUGCUUUUUAUCCAUUUAUAAAUCUUCGUUAGAGAAGUUGUUCAGUUUCUUUGCUUUCAAAGCAUUAUUUUACUUGUAAGCGCCCUGUGUAUAUUCUGCAUUCUAAGCUAUUAUCAAAUAGAUGAUUUGAAAAUAUUUUCUAUCUGCAGUUGUCUUCACUUUCCUUGGAGUGUCAUGUGAUGCAAGAAAACUUUUAUGAAGCUGGCUGAUCUAUUUUUUCUUAUAUUUUUUAUGCAUUUGGUGUCAUUUAACAGUGCUUUGCAAAUCCCAAGUCAUGAAGCUCUUUUACCAUGUCUCAGUCUAACAGUUCUGGAGUUUUAGCUCUUCUGUGUAAGUCUUUGAUCUAUUUUGGAUUAAUUUUUGCACAUGGUCUGGAGUAGGGGACUAAUCCUGUCUUUUGUGUGUAGACAUCCUGUUGUCUUAGCACCUUGCUGCUCUUCAUGGGGGAUGCUCCUUGAAUUAAGGCCCUAAUUUGACUCCAUUUUCUUUACCUUCCCUGGUACAGCCAGUGUCAUUGUUGGCCACCCUCUGGACACAGUCAAGACUCGCCUGCAGGCUGGCAUCGGCUAUGGAAGCACCCUCAACUGCAUCCGCAUGGUAUACAGGAGAGAGAGUGUGUUUGGCUUCUUCAAGGGCAUGUCCUUCCCUCUGGCCAGCAUUGCUGUCUACAACUCAGUAGUGUUUGGGGUCUUCAGCAACAUCCGGAGGUUCCUUGGCCAGCAUCGCUGUGGGGAGCCUGAGCCCAGCCCUCACCACAGCCUGUAUGACCUGCUUCUGGCCAGCAUGGUAGCCGGCGUGGUCUCUGUAGGGUUUGGGGGGCCUGUGGACCUCAUCAAGAUCCGGCUGCAGAUGCAAACACAGCCAUUUCGGGAAGCCAGCAUUGGUUUGAAAUCCAGAGCAGUGGCGUUUGGCGAGCAGCCUGUGUACCAGGGGCCAGUACAAUGCAUCAUUACCAUUGUGCGGACUGAGGGCCUGGCUGGUCUGUACCGGGGUGCUGGUGCCAUGCUGCUGAGAGACAUCCCGGGCUAUUGCCUCUACUUUCUCCCCUAUGUGUUCCUGAGUGAGUGGAUCACACCUGAGGCCCGUGCAGGUCCCAGCCCCUGCACCGUAUUGCUGGCGGGUGGUGUGGCAGGAGCAAUUUCCUGGGGGACAGCAACUCCUAUGGAUGUUGUGAAAAGUCGACUCCAAGCGGAUGGGGUCUAUUUAAACAAAUACAAAGGUGUCCUGGACUGUAUAUCCCAGAGUUACCAACAGGAAGGCCUUAAAGUGUUUUUCAGAGGCAUCACCGUGAAUGCUGUGCGGGGCUUCCCUAUGAGUGCUGCCAUGUUCUUCGGCUAUGAGCUCUCGCUGCAGGCACUCCGUGGGGACCAUAGUGCCACAAGCUCGUGAGUGCCAGCCAGGCUUGAUGUCACCUGAACAUGGCCUCGUUAUGCUAUGGGUCAGUGCUGGUAGCAUCUACAAAUGAGUAGCAGUGAGUUUACAAGCGAGAAAGAAGCACCUUGGCCAUCCAGAUUGUGAACCAGGUGGGCUCUUGGGUAGCAUGCUGACCUUGGCACUCCCUCCUUCACAAUUAAGGCUCUUCCUCACUUCCAGCUGGACUGCUGAGCUGCUGCUUCAGAGGCAAUGGACCACUGGCCAGGCAGUCACCAUCUAUUUUGGCUCUGAGCCAGCAUCUGGAAAACACUGGAGCAAAAUAGACUCUACCCUCCUGGCUUCUGUGAACUCAGUGGGGAUUCAUUCAAGAGCUGGAUUUAACUCUAAGUUUCUAAAUAAAAGUGUUGAAAACCUC